CUUCGAGUAGUACAUUAGAUGAUCGAGUUGGCACUCAAGUUGCAUUCUUCAAUGGGCAACAGAUUUCAAUCCCAUCCUUGGAGUCCUUGAAAAUGGAAGGACUUCCCAAUAUGAAAGAGAUAUGGAGCGAUGAAUCUCCACUGGAGCUUAGCAAUCUGCAAUUUGUUGAAGUGGUGCAAUGCAAAUCUCUCUCGAAGGUUAUCAACUCCAAGUUGUUGGUAGAACUACGCAAGUUGCACAAUUUAUGUAUAAGAGAUUGCAAUUCAGUGCAAGAAAUUUUUGACCUUGACGGACUAAGCGCCAAUGGAAAUGUUAAGACUCUGUAUGAGUUAACCACCUUGAAAUUAGUCAAUUUGCGAAGCCUGAGGUGCAUAUGGAACAAGAACCCUUAUGGAAUAGUGAGUUUCCAUAAUUUAAAUAAGUUAGAGGUGGUUUGCUGCAACAAUCUCAGGUUUAUGUUUUUCCCAUCCAUGGUUAAAUCUCUUGUACAAUUGAGAGAUCUAAGGGUACAACAUGUCAAGAAGAUGGAGGCAAUCAUUAUGGAGGAAGAAGGGUUGGGAUUGGAAGCAUCAGAAACUCCGACAUUCCCCAUGUUAACCAACUUAACCUUAACUUAUUUGGAAAGUUUGAAGUGCUUCUCUCUCGAAAAGUGUUCACGAGAAACUCGGACUCAGGAUUGUGUCAAAUCAAACUCUGACGCACUCUUCAAUCAAGAGAUUUCAAUCCCAUCCUUGGAGUCGUUGACAAUGGAAGAACUUCCCAAUCUAAAAGAAAUAUGGAGCGAUCAAUCUCUAUUGGGGCUGAGCAAUCUUCGAUCUCUUAAAGUGGUGCAGUGCAAAUCUUUGUCAAAGGUUAUUAGCUUUGAGUCGCUGGUAAAACUACAAAAGUUACACACUUUAAGCAUAUCAAAUUGCCAUUCGGUGCAAGAAAUUUUCAAUCUUGACAGACCAAGCACUAGUGAAGAUGUUGAGACUCUGUCUGAGUUGACCACCUUUGAUUUAAGGGGAUUGGUGAGCUUGAGGCGCAUAUGGAACAGGAAUCCUUGUGGAAUAGUGAGUUUCCAUAAUUUAAAGAAGUUGGAGGUGCAUGAUUGUCCCAACCUUAGGUUUAUGUUUUUCCCAACCAUGGUUAAAUCUCUCGAACACUUGAGAGAUCUAACAGUACAACAUUGCAAGAAAAUGGAAGCAAUCAUUUUGGAGGAAGAAGGGUUGGGAUUGGAAACAUCAAAAACUUUGGCAUUUCCGAUGUUAACCAACUUAAACUUACAACGUUUGGAAAGUUUGAUGUGCUUCUCUUGUGGAAAGCAUUCAGGAGAAACUCGAAGUCAGGACCGCAUCAAAUCAAGCUCCAAUGCACUCUUCGGUCGACAGGUUGCUUUUCCUAGCUUGGAGACCUUACAUAUCAAUGACAUGGAUAACAUCGAGAUGAUAUGGGACAAUCAAGCUAUUGCAGAUUCUUUCCCCAAGCUAAAAUCGCUUUUUGUGUAUAGUUGCAAUAAGUUUGUGACCGUUGUUCCUUCUUACAUUCUAGGACGGCUCUUGUGCCUGGAAAGUUUAAGGGUAGAAGCAUGUGCUUCACUUGAAGUUGUUUUCGAACUUCAGCCACCAAAUCCUCUAGAUGGACAUCAUGUUGCUCUUUUGUUAAAAGAGUUGACGCUAUCAAAUUUACCAAAGCUAAAGUGUAUAUGGGAUAAGGAAAUACACCAUCAAGUUAAAUUUCAAUGUCUACGUUCUAUCAACGUUUCCAAAUGCAAGAGCCUCGCCUCCCUAUUUCCAACAUUAGUGGCCAGAGAUCUAAUCCAACUUGAGGAGUUGGGGAUCUAUGAAUGUGGCAUUGUGGAACUCAUUGAGAAGGAAGAAGGACCGAUUCCCAGGUUUGAUUUCCCAAAGCUAACCUCCCUCAAGCUUAAGCUUCUUAUAGAGUUGAAGUGCAUCUACACCGGAAGACAUGCUUUACAUUGGCCGGCAUUGAAGACCUUGGAGGUCCUUGGCUGUAACAAAGUGGAGAUACUUGCUUCGCAACCUAAGAAUGAGAUGCCAUUUCAUAAGCACCCUCUCUUCUUCAUAGAAAAGGGCGCAUUCCCUAGCCUCCAAGAGUUAAAAUUGGAUUUAUCCGAACGGAUGGAGAUAUGGUAUAGGCAUUUUCAUGAUGGAGAAGUCUUCAACAAGCUUAGAUUUCUUGAGCUCCGUCAUCUCUCCCAGGAGUCUUCAAUAUCCACAUCAUGUUUUGUUGAGAGUUUACCCAACUUGGAAGAGCUAGUUGUAUGUGAAUCUUAUCUAGAAGACCCAAGUAGCAUUAAAGAAGCCAUAGAAGGCACAAGUCAUGAGCUAAAAGUGAUAUUACCCUUUUCAAGAUAUAUUCAACAUCUGCAAACUCUAGAUGUGUCACUUUGUGAUGGGUUAUCAAAUAUGUUCACAUCGACAAUAGCUGAAAAUUUGGUGGCACUCACAAAAUUGAAGAUAAGUAAUUGUAGAAUAUUGACAGAAGUCAUUACUGAUGAGGAAGGUGGGGAGGGGCAAGUAGUGGCUUUCAAUCAAUUGAAGUAUAUGGAGCUUGACAGGUUGGCUAGGUUGAGAUGUUUCAGCUCAGGUGAAUACACUUUGAUGUUCCCUCUCUUGGAAGAUAUCAUUGUGAAUAGAUGUCCCAAGAUGAAGUUCUUCUUCAAGGGACCAAUGGAGGCGCCAAAGUUGGAGAGAGUACAAACAAGUUUUAAUGAAAGGUAUGGAGGAACAAAGUACCAAUAUUUUUGGAAGGGAAACCUCAACACGACCAUCCAAAAUAUGUUUCAAGAAAUGGCUGCAUUUGUUGGGACUAAGUUUAUGAGGUUGUCUGAGUUCCCGGAGCUGAUUGGAAAAUGGCAUAAUGAACUUAAUCCCUUCAUGUCAUCUUGGCAAUUAGAAUCACUAGUGGUGGAUAAAUGUCCAUUUAUUAAUGCUAUUCCAUCCAAUUUGAUGCUUGUUUUAAAGAGAAUGAGAAGCUUGCAAGUGCACGAUUGCGAGCCUUUGGAAAAAAAAUAUUCGAUCUUGAAGGGCUUGAGGCUGUGGAUUGCAUCCAGCCGCUGCCUCAAGGAAGAUCUGUACUUGGUCAAUCUACCAAAGUUGAGGCAACUAUGGAACAGAGAUCUCCAAGGAACAAUGUUCUUCAAUUCUCUACAGUAUCUUAGCCUUUAUAAAUGUAGCAACUUGAGACAUGCUUUCGUUCCAUCAAUGACUCGGUGCCUUCCCAAUCUAUGGAAAAUGGAAAUAAAGGAGUGUGAUCAAAUGGAAGGAGUGAUUAUAGACGAAGAUGGGCAAGGGAGCGCAGUGGAGGAGAUUACAUUUCCAAAACUUAGGGGAUAUAUCUGGAAUGCUUGCCCAAUUUGA